UCGCAUGUGUUUUAUAAUUUGUAAGCCGUAUUAGUAGUACUGUGUGUCAUUGUCGCCAAUAUUUGGCGUUGUUAUUUCGUGCAUUCGUUCACGAACAUGACAGAACAUACCACCCCAUCUUAGAGUUUAUAAGGAUAAAAACAAGGAUUGCCAGUUUUAUUCUAGAAGAAGUAGAUCUAUUGACGGAAGCUCCCCGAUUUUACACUACAAUCAACAUUCAGAAAAGAUGUCGGCUGAGAGUGGAACGGGAGAUGGACUCGCCGGUCCCGACGGCAGCGCUAGGCUGUCUGUCGUUGACUAUGUUGUGUUCGUGAUGGUGCUGGUCAUAUCGGCUUCUAUAGGCAUUUACCAUGCAUGUACAGGUGGAAAACAAAAGACCACUCAAGAAUUCUUUGUGGCAGACAGGAAGAUGCCAUUUGUUCCAGUAGGAUUUUCCCUGCUUGCCAGCUGGAUGUCUGCUAUCGCACUUCUGGGAACUCCUUCCGAGGUGUAUGUUUACGGCACCAUGUUUUGGUAUAUCGGAGGGAGUUACAUCUUCAUGUCAAUCAUAACUGCAAAUGUAUUCAUCCCAACAUUUUAUAAUCUUCGCCUCACUAGUGUCUAUGAGUAUCUUGAGUUGCGAUUUUCUGUCGCAGCCCGUCUUAUUGGGACUACAGGUUUUGUAAUAUACAUGGUGAUGUACAUGUCCAUAGUGCUGUAUGCCCCUGCUCUGGCUGUAAACGCAGUGACUGGUUUUACUCUGUGGGGGUCUGUUCUCACUGUUGGCCUGGUGUGUGCAUUCUAUACUGCAUUGGGUGGGAUGAAAGCAGUGAUCUGGACGGAUGUCUUCCAGACCCUUAUUAUGGUGUCCUGUCUCAUAGCUGUAAUCAUCCAUGGUUCGGUCAAGAUGAAUGGCUUUGGUAAUGUCUGGCGCAUCAACGAUGAGGGCGGUAGAGUGGUCUUUGAUGAUAUACGAGUAAACCCUACCAUACGUCACACUGUAUGGUCUCUGGUAUUUGGUGCUACAUUCAAUUGGCUGGCUACCUUUGGUUGUAACCAGGCUUCUGUCCAGCGCUACCUGAGCUGCCCCACCCUCAAAGCGGCCAAAUGGUCCAUCUACCUAAACUGCCCAAUGCUGUUUAUAUUUGUAUCUCUGUGUCUCAUGUGCGGUCUGGUGAUGUUUGCAGUCUUUGCUGACUGUGACCCUAUCAAAGCUGGCUACAUUACAAAUGGCGAUCAGCUCCUUCCCUUCUACGUUGUGACUCAGCUAGGCUUUCUACAUGGAUUACCAGGUCUCUUUAUUGCAGCCAUCUUCAGUGGAACUCUCAGCACCGUAUCAUCUGGUCUCAACUCAUUGGCUGCUGUGACAGUUGAAGACAUCAUCAGACCAAUCAAGAAAGAUCUCUCAGAUGCAAAGAGAACCACAAUAUCGAAGAUCCUUGCAAUCCUGUAUGGACUCUUAGCCAUUGGGAUGGCCUUUGUAGCAUCCAAGCUGGGCCCUCUCCUCACUGUCGCUAUCGGUUUGAUGGGCAUGAUAGGAGGACCAUUGCUAGGCAUGUUUACACUGGGCAUUGUCUUCCCUUGGUCAAACAAUAAAGGUGCUAUUGUUGGUGGUUUGACUGGCUUUGCCUUCUCUUUCUGGAUUGGGAUUGGAGCUUACGUCUAUCCUCCAAUGGCCGACAAGCUUCCCACAUCUAUUGAUGGAUGUUUUCUGACCAACAUAACUGACAUAACAACCGACAUUCCUUUGUAUCUAUUGGCCAAUGUUACCUCACUUCCUGACAUGGUACCUGAACCAUACCCACGGAUAGCCAAGUUCUACAGUAUAUCCUAUCUAUGGUAUAGCUUCACUGCUAUGUCAGUGGUGCUGUUUGUUGGUCUGCUAACCAGCUUCCUCACAGGUGCAACCAGACCAAGUGAGUUGGAUCCUAGGUUGAUCUGCCCCAUCUCAAGGAAGCUCUUCUGUUGCUUCCCUGCUAACUGUAGAAGGAAGCUCGACUGUGGAGUCAACUUUGAUGAGAUUGACCAAAGGAGUGGAAAUGCAUUUGACGGGGAUGAGAAGAAUGAUGAUGCAAACAAUUACUCUAUGUUGGAUCAGAAGGAAAAUGGAAGAGCGCCAUCUCCUGUUGUUGAAAGCACACAAUUUUGAAAAAGGCUUGCCGAUAUAAAAUGUGUUUUUCUGUUUGAUUUUAAGGGAAAGUCUAGGAUUAAGAUUUGAAUGAACAAGGAAAUAUUUAUUUGAAACUAUUGCUGAAAUGUAGUGCUCAUUAAAUGUUUUGUAGUGAUAACAUUUAUUGAAUAAAGGCAAAUGAAACAGUGUGGUUGCAUAAUUUUUUUUAUUCAGCUGGUUUCCUAUGUGUUGAAGUUCUGGCAAUCGUUUUAUGUACAGGUACACAUACUACAAAUAAGUAGUAAAUUUCACUAUUUUUUUUGUAAUUUAGUGUCUAAGAUGGUUACAUUGGAAAUGAGUGAGAAGCUAUUCAAUGUUGUAUGAUCUGCCGAUUUAGGAUAUGCUGCUUUUUAAAAGUUAUUUCAUCAUUUAAUUUAAUGAAUAAAGACAAAUGAAACAGUUUGGUUGCAUAAGUCAUUGAUUUAGCCGGUUUCCUAUGUGUGGAAGUUCUGGCAAUUGUUAUGUGUACAGGUACACAUAUUGCAAAUAGGUAGUGAAUUUCGCUGAUUUUUGUUGUAAUUUAGUGUCUAAGAUGGUUACAUUUGAAAUGAAUGAGAAGCUCUCUAAUGUUGUAUGAUCUACCGAUUCAGGAGAAACUGCGUUGUAAGUUAUUUUAUCAUUUAAUGUUGUUCUUCUUCAUAUUGUGGAUUGAUUGUCUCUAUCCUGCACAUGGCAUGCUCAUAUGUAUCAUGUUCAUCAUUAUUUUUGUGCAGUGGGGUGAAAUUGUGAGUAAUGUUUUAUUUUGCAAUCAGGGCUCUAAACUAAUUCACAUAAUUACUCUCACUGUUGUGAUCAUACAAUAUUUGUAUAAUAUGUUUUGCAGUUUUGUUCUCUCGGGUACUUGUGUCGUAUUUAUUUGCACAAAACAAAAGGAUUUUUUUAAUUAUCCAUUAGUCGUUCCAUCUCUUGGAUUAUCCCUGUUAUCAUUAUACAAACUUGUCUCAACACAAUAAGUACAAUUGUGUAGAUAUCUAUAAAAGGCAGGUGGAAAUGAAAGAAAAAGUAGCUGUAUGCACAUGGAAGUCUCCUAAGCAUAUUUACUGUACUCAUAUCUGUGUUAUAUGACUCAGUCAGCAUAGAUGAGACUGAUACCUGAUUCACAAUAGACCAAACUUAACAAGACAUUACCCCCAAAUGGCCAAGAGUUUUGUUUGGAGUUGGUUUAGUCUUGGUUGGCAGUGUGACUUGGAUGGAAGAUACAGAAAUGGGAAGUGCACUCACUACCUUAAUGUCAUUUUACUUUGUCACCAACUUUUUGAGAGUUGGUUUACCAUGUUACGUUUAAAAGAGGUAUAGAAUACCAUAAUCAAUUAAGCAUCUUAAGCUUGAUGACUUAUACAUGAAUGUCUUGCAUUUAAGGAUUUCCUGCCCAGAAAAAUGAAUAGAAGAAAAUAAAUGAAAAAGAAAAAAAUAAUCAAAUAAUAAUCCUGCCCUAGGGUAUGGGGACUUUGGCUGAUUUGUCCAUUGAAGCACGGUAUUUGAGAGAAUGGUAUGUAUGCAUUUUUCCAAGUAUUUGUAUUAUCUUCAGGAUUUGUUAUGUAUUCCAUCCUUGUACAUGUAUUUGUUUAAUUUGUGAUACUGAAUUCAAAAAUAGAUAAUUCAUUACUGUCUUUGUCACUGAGUCCAUCAUAAUAACUGUUCACCUGCAAUAAAAUGAUGUGUGUAAGUGUAAAGAGAAGCCUUUGUGUAGUAUAUAUCUUCUCUCACAGAUAUAUUUUCGCAGUAUGGAUAUGAUGUCAUAAAAUGACUGUAAACAUUUAUUCCCUGUUUAUUAUUGGAUAUCUGGAGACGCAACCUGAACAUUUGUGGAUUCGAUAUUUCCGUGAUAAAGCAUUACAUUUUUUUUCUUUAAAAUAAAAGAUAGUAUACAUUGCAUGGGAGUAAGUGUCGAGUUUGUGAUAUACUGUGCCCCAUCUUAUAAAGAGUUGAGAUUGAUCUGAAUCAAUUCCUAUUCCUAGUCCUCCAAUCAAUUACAAGUUUACACUCUCUUAUAUCUUAUGUACAAUUGUGAUUGAUAUAUUAAAUUGCAAAUAAGCUGAGAUUAAUCGCAACUGUUUAUAAGACGGACCUUUAUGAUGAAUGCAAUAAAACAUAGUAUGUCCACUUUAAAAUCUGUAAUCAUUACUUUUUUACUUGUUUUUCAAACCUUUUAAUUUACUCUAUAGUUUCUAUUCUUGCCAGUUGCAAGCAAAUUAUAGUUUUCAUCAUGAAUAUAACAUUUUUAUGGUUAUGGAACAAUUCAGGCUGUAUUUCAAAUUUUGAUACUUUUUUUUCUCUAUUAGUUAACCUAACUUUAGGUAACUGCAAUGCACAUUAACUAUUGUUCAACUAACAACUAGUUUGUUUUUGUUUUUGUUUUAUGUAUCCCAUAGUUGUAUUUUUACACUUGUCAGCACCACAGACAAUAAAACAUGUUGAAACUCAGGACUAGAAAAGCUUGACAGGGUAGAGUAAUUAUGUGAUUGAAUUUGAUUGAUAUGAGUGAUUUGAAUUACUUCAUAUCAAGGGUUAGUUGUUUGCCAGAUAACAUGAGGAGCACAAUUCCUAUAUCUUUUGAAGUAAAGCCUUAGAAAUUGAGUUAUUGAGGUAACAUCGACGGACGGCAUUUUAUGGGAAAAUUAAAAGGUGAAUGUAUUCCAACAGAAAGAGGAAUAAAGGUUGUCUUGAUAUUGUAAUCAAAGAAAAAAGGCAAUGGAAAUAGGUUAUGUAUGACUGCAAGUUUGCUAUAGCCUACCAGUAAUUCUCUAUUAAAAUGCAGUUAUAAUAUCUGUUUUAAUUAUCAGUUGAGAGCCAGUAGGGCGUUGACUCCUAUAUUUUAACACAGGGUUAGCACCAUUCUAGCUCCCAGCUAAUGGUUCUCAAAAGCUCAUCACCUCAGGAGCUCAAAUUCCACAUUUAGCACAUUUUUAUUGUGGACAUGUACAAUCAUACUACAUUGUUUUAGCAAUAUAAAUCAAUGGUUUGAAAACAAAGCUAUAUUCAUAUACUUGGGAAUGUUUUUAUAAGGAUGGAGGGAGCUCACAUUUCGUUCAUGAUACAGUAUUGGAAGAAACCCAUUUUGGUGAUCCCCAGGAAAUGGGAUGUUUAUUUUUAUCAUAUGAUGUCCCCAUCAUGACAAAGUAGAUUUAGGGAUUGCCUGAUACACACUGUAUUGACAGGAAUGGAGUAUGUAUCUAUGUUAUUGAAGAAAGGUUGUGAUAUAUGAUGUGAUAGCUUCCAAAUACAAGAGAAUUCAAAGUAGACUUUUGUGCCUUGCUUACUCGUCAGAUAUUUGUUUCUGAUUCAUAUAUUUUCUCUUAUAACGUGUUUUGAUAAAUCAGUAUAUUUUUGUAAAGUCCAAUUUUAAAAAAUUCUGACACUCUUACACAUUAAAGAAAUAAUCAAUAAUCACACAAUGUAAUAUAAGCAUUCAUAUGAUAUUACUGUAAUUGAAAUUAUUAUUUAAUAAAUAAUAAAGUUUGAUAUGAAACGAUAGCAUAUUCAUAGAAGUUAUGUAAUUAAAGUCUAAUACAAAGAGAAUGUCGAUUAACUGGCAGAAUCUAGUGACACAAAAAAAUCAAAGUGUUGGGCAUUAUGUUCUAUGUUUCAAAUAAAGUACAUGUACUAUGUUUUAUGUUGUAGCCUUGAAGUUGUGCAGUAAUAAUUAUGUGUGAUUGAUAAUAAAGCAUUCUGUGACUUUAAA